AAGUUACGAAAUUGAAAGCUUCCUAAGGGCAAAAUAGCGGCAAUUACAAUGUUAUAACUUUAAGCUUAAAGAAUUGUUGUAUUUUAUUUUAAUUUAGUUUAAAUAAUAUACUAUGUUCAUGGGCUGAUUAUUUAUUUAAAAUGAAUUUUAUUUGUGGUGUUAUUGAAGGCUUUUAUGGUUCACCAUGGGUUUUUAAUGAAAGAUUAGAUUUGUUUCAAAGAAUGAAAGUUUUGGGACUAAAUACAUACUUAUAUGGUCCAAAAGAUGACAUCAAGCAUAGAAGAGAAUGGAGAGUUAAAUAUACUGAUGUUGAAAAAGCAAUGCUGCUGAGAUUAAUCCAAGAAUCUAAAGCUAAUUCUGUAGAGUUUGUAUAUUCUAUAUCUCCUGGAUUAGAUAUAGUGUUUUCUAGUGAUGUGGAUGUACAAUUAUUACAAGAAAAGUUGACACAGGUGCAAUUGUUAGGAUGCAGUUCCUUUGCAAUACUGUUUGAUGAUAUUGAACCUGAACUUUGUCUAACUGACAAAAGUGAAUUUAGAUCAUUUGGUGAAGCUCAAAUGGUUUUGAUUAAUAAAAUUUACAAUUUUCUUGGUGAAGUAAAAAUUAUGAUGAUGUGUCCUACAGAAUACUGUGACAGCCGUGCAAAACCAAACAUUGAAACUUCAGAGUAUUUAAAGACACUUGGUGAUGGUUUACAUAAAGACAUACACAUAUUAUGGACAGGUGAAAAAGUAGUAUCUCAUACAAUUACUGAUCAGUCUGUAAAGACAUUAACAAGUGUACUCAAGCGUAAGCCUGUUAUUUGGGAUAACAUCCAUGCAAAUGAUUACGAUCAACGACGAUUAUUUUUGGGACCAUACAAAGGGAGAUCUUCUAAGCUCUAUCAAUCUGUGUCUGGAAUUCUUACAAAUCCAAACUGUGAAUAUGAAUGCAACUUUAUUGCUUUCCAUUCACUUAGUGGAUGGAUAAAAUACUGUGUUUCAAAAUCCAAAGACGAAAUUCAAGAAGUAUGUGAAUAUGAUAGCAAAUUAGCUCUUGAGGAGGGUAUAAAAAAAUGGAUGGAACUGUUUAAUUUGAAGCGUGACAUAUUUUAUGGUGAAAAGUUUAGCAACAAGAUGUUGUUAAAUGAAAUUAAUUCAUUUGUGUCAAGCGAAGAAAAUGGUGAAUCUAAGAAUAAUCCAGAAAAUGAAAGCGACAGCUCUCCACAUAAAAAGAUUAAACCUUCACUGAUUGGAUUUUCUGAUGUUUUUUUGUUGUGUCAUUUGUUCUACCUUCCAUAUGAGCACGGUGAUAGCGGUCAAAAAAUGUUAGAUGAUUUUAGGUGGUUGAAAGAGAAUGCAGUAGAUGUACAUGCUAUUGAUCAAUACAAGGUUCAUGAAUGGAAUCAACGUGCACAUUUUUUUCAAGAAAAUUGCAAUGCAGUUGCAGAUAUGUUUGCAAAGUUUAAUAACAUACCAAAUAGACGUAUACUUCAGCAGUUGUAUCCAUACAUAUAUGAUCUUAAAGAGACUGUUAAUAAUCUUUCCUCUUUUGUAAAAUGGCUUGGUUCUGAAAAAAGAAAAAAUAGCGGAAAACUUUUUCCCGAAAAUCCUGAAGCUUGGUUUUUUCGAGGUGGAAUCACAGAAGAAAUGCAGAGAUUGGUUCCAAACCCGAAAGAAGAAAAACUGGAAUCGCGAUACAUAGUUCAAACUAUACGACCAUAUCUCCAACAUGAUAAAGUUGGAUUGUACAAACUUUGUCUGCACCAAUGUGACUUUCCAAAUGCUUUUGUAACAUACCCAGAUUUACCUGGAGACAGUGAAUUAGGUGCAUUUUUGGAAUUUUCACCAGAAAACGUAUAUGUGAUUGAAAUUGAUGAUGUCAUAUGUGGGUAUGGAGCUCUCUGUGAAGAUGCAAGAUUAUUUUACAAAAAUAUAAGCAAUAAAUGGCUGCCUUCAAUACAUGAAAGAUAUAAAACACAAAAUAAUCCCAUCACAUGGUCUAUUGAAGAUGAAGCAAUUAAUCGACUGUUUCAUCCACAAGAUGUAUCUCCAACUCUUCUCAACAACUAUCCAGCACUUCUUACAAUUAAAAUGAGCAACAAGGAUAUGAAUGUCGCUCGAAGACUGCUCAAAUGUGUUUGUUCUCGUUUAAAACACAACGUCAAUGUUUUUUGUCGUCUUUCUGAAAGUUUAAAUCGUCAAUAUGAGACAUUUUACAGAGAGCUAGGUUUUAGCUCUAUUCAGUAUGACGAUUUACCUGUAAAUGAGAUUUUUUAUGGUUGGAAAAAAAACUAAAGAAUUUUUUUGCGGAUUAAUUGUUACAUUAUAAAUAAAAUUAAUUAUGUUUAUUA